AUGAGUCUAAGCCUGGUUAGCCUCCUCCCAAAGAAGUUUUACUAUCAGAUUAGGAGAAGUAGACUUUUGGAAAUAGAUGCCCAUCUGGAUACAAAAAGGUUAAAAUGCUAGGAAAGUAUGAUUGUUUUAUUUUUCAUUAAUUUCAGAGGUGGUAUUGCAGUUGUAUGGCUUGGGUAAAAGAAUGGUGAGUAUGUAGCGAUGAAAUAGUUUCCAAAAUAAGGAUCGGAACAUAUUGCUUAAUUACUUGAUUCAGUUGAGGAUAAGAAAGACCUUUGGCUUAUUUAUGAGCUUUGUAAAGGCAGAAGCUUAAAUGAAUGUUUAUUCGAAGUUAAGGGAGAGUUUUAUAAAGUGAAAGAUUUUAUCAUUAGAAUGUGUGAAGCUCUAUCACUAUUUAGUAGACUUGGAAUAGUCCAUGCAGAUUUAAAGCCAGAUAACAUUCUCAUUGAUUAUGAUGAAUAGAAUAAACAAUUAAGAUCUUUAAAGAUAAUAGAUUUCGGUUCAGCUUUUAUGUUAAGCGCAGAUGGUAAAAUGCUUAAAGAUUAAAGAGAAUUUGCGAUGAGCACUCCAGAAUAUUUGCCGCCAGAGAUCUAACAAUAUCUAUCAAGAAGGUUCACAUCAUAGAAUAACUACACUAUAGAAGAUUUUUAAGAGUGCGCUUUCGUAUUUGAUAUUUGGAGUUUAGGUUCUAUUUUGCUAGAAAUUUUAUCUGGUUUUCCUAUUUGGUUAUCAUUGAAAAGUAGAGUGAAAGGGCUUGAUGGUAGACAUAUUAUUAAUUAUGGUAUAUUUGGUGUAUAAGGCCGUGAUAAUUCGAAAAUCCUAUAAAAAUAGCAUUAAACAUUGUCAAAUGGCAUGCCGACCUUGAAAAAGGUAUUAAAAAAGGGAUUUGAUGCUGGUGGGAAUAUCCUUAUCGAUAACAGUGAAUUUAUGGAUGUCAUGGGCUAAAUGCUUGACUGGAACCCAAACACAAGAAUAUCUCCAAAUGAUGUCCUCAAACAUAAGUUUCUUUAAUAAGCGCUAUAGCAAGUUUAGUAAUUACAGUGA